UUCUGAAAUUUGACCAAACACAUGCAUUAUUCAUUCAAAGUUUCAUACAUGUUCUUGAGACUAUCUCUGAUUUGACUUUUAACAGCCCUAAUUUUAUCUUAUUAUUCUUGUGAUCUCUAUAAAUAAACUUAACCUUACUUUUAAUUUGUUGUAAAAUUUUCUUUGUUUAAUUAGAAGAAACCCCCAAAUUUUGAUCAAGAUGCAUGAUUUCUGUUUUACAAUCCCAUAUGGGUUGAUUCUUGUUGCUGGGGGGUUAAUAGGAUUUGCAAAGAAAGGAAGUAUAGCUUCUUUGGCAGGUGGUUUGGGUACUGGUUUCUUGCUCUUACUUGCUGGUUAUAUCAGUCUCAUAGCUUUUGGCAAAAGAAAGAAUUCCUAUUUUGCACUCAUUCUCGAAACAGUUUGUGCGUUCGUACUUACAUGGGUCAUGGGACAAAGGUACAUGGAAACCUCCAAGAUAAUGCCAGCGGGUAUUGUUGCUGUAAUAAGCGCUGUUAUGGCUGCAUUUUACCUAUACAAGAUUGCAACUGGUGGCAACCAUUUUCCCUCCUCCUCCGAGAAAGCAAAGUGAUACAUUCUGGCUGGAUAUCGGGUUAAUAUUUGUAAUGUGAAAUUUAAAAUUCCCUGCACCCUUUUAACUUAAAUUUCUAUGUUGUGUAAUUCUUGUUUGUAUUGUUGUUCACUAUGUAACCUAAUUAACUACUGGGAUUUUCCACUUAAUUGAUUAUGAAUCAAAUCAUUGUUUGUGCAACA